AUGAAAGUAUCGAUCCUUGUUUCUGCAACAAAAGAAGCCAGAGAAGCUGCGAAUUUAUUGCUUAAGCAUCAUGAGUCUGUUCCCCCUUCACAAGCGGACGUUUUAGUGGUUUUAGGCGGUGAUGGAACGAUGUUAGAGAUGCUCCACCGCUAUAUUGAUGACAGAAAGCCUGUUUAUGGUAUGAACUGUGGCACCGUUGGUUUUUUAAUGAAUACGUUUCGUCCUGAAAACCUCAUGGAACGCCUAAAAAGGGCUCAAGUUGCUCAUCUUCGCCCUUUACGGAUGCAAGUGAAAAAUUAUCAGGGAGAAUCCCAUGAAGCGCUCGCAAUUAAUGAGGUUUCUCUUUUGCGACAAAGUGCACAAGCUGCCAAGAUACGGGUGUCUGUUGACAAUCACGAACGGUUAAAAGAGCUUGUAUGUGAUGGGGUUUUGGUGUCAACGCCUGCAGGCUCAACAGCAUAUAAUUUUUCAGCCCAUGGACCCAUCUUACCCAUAGGAUCUAACCUCCUUGCCUUAACGCCUAUUAGCGCCUUCCGCCCACGCCGUUGGAGGGGAGCAUUACUUCCGCAUAGGUCUUCUGUGGAAUUCGAAAUUCAUGAAACUGAAAAGCGCCCUGUUAGUGCCGUUGCGGAUUUUUAUGAAGUUCGUAAUGUUGUCCAUGUUUCUGUUGCGGAAGAUCCUGAAAAGGAAAUAAAGAUCCUUUUUGAUCCAGAACACGCUCUAGAAGAGCGUAUUAUUUCUGAGCAGUUUAUAAGUUAG